GCCAGAAACCCAAAGACGAGCGACAUCCUGGCCGGUUUGCAUGGGCAGGCAGGGAUGCCGGGGCGAACCCACGAUCGACAGUACAUACAGACACAGGGAGGAACAGUCCGUAUUAUCCUCCGUUUUUCCAAGGAUUGAACGGCAGGGGUGGGCGCCUCUGAGUUCAAUUAGCCGAUAGCAAAAUGCUGUGGGUGGACUCGCCAUCCAUCAUGGACAUGUCGAUGCCCCUGAAGAAGCAAGUACAUAGUUAUUUGAGCGAUCUGCUCGACAAGAGUUAGUAUGUAACUAUAUUCUGCCUGCUGCUAAACGCUUUUGCUGUACGGAGUACGGGGUCGAAUGCGCAAUUGACUCUUCAAGGCUCUGUACUCCGUACUCCGUCCCCAAAGGGAGAACUCUUCUCCCCCCGAUGAUGACGGGGCCCACAGCCUGAAGGCGAUUCUCGUUGAACUCGGCUUCUCGUGGCAAACAUCGGAAGAAGGGCCACAUGGCCAAUCAGGACGAACGGAAGUCGAUGACGCUCUGGGUUCCCCCCCAAAAUCCCUUCCCGCGCACGUCGUCAUUUGUCGUUGAUCGAAUGGCGAUAUUCACUCGAGCAGCAACGAAAAGACGCCGACCCGCGUAUGCCGUUCGUCAAAAGCAAACUACAUUCAGGAUGUGCCUACGGUAGUUACACGCUUGAGGGAUUAAGCAUUGUGUCAGUUUAACGCUCAAACAAACACACUGACAUCCAACAUCCCAGCUGUCAUGGACCAGCGUGAUUCGGGAGAAGUUGCAAGUUCGACGAUUUCGUGCUCCAACUCCCUCCUCCUCCACUACAUACGACCAUCAAAUCCCUGCAUGCGACCAUCCGAAAUUUUCAUCCAGUAUCGAAAAUUUCUUCAACGGGCAAUCUCCAUCUUCGAAUCAUGUCCCAAGGUUCCAGCCCACUUUUCUCCAGCCAAGCACUUUUCCGAACUUUUCCCUACGGGAUUUCCUGGGGACGCGGACGCUACUCCGUCGCUCCGGCAUCCGUACCUGACAGUGUUAAACUGCUUGCCGGAUUCGUUGUGCCUGGAAACGAUGUUUCCAGAACUUUGGGGGAUUCGCGACUAGUCGUCGUUAGUUCCCGUCUUGUGCAACGACGACGCCAGAUUCAACCCUCCAUAACAUAGCUCCGAGUCAAGCAAUCCUUCGUUUUGACUUUUCCCCCAAUCUCGGUGACUCCUGAACCUCGAAGCGCCUGAAAAGACAAAAAGCCGUCUUUUUUAAUCCUAUGACACAUACCGGCUGGUUUCGAGACAGUGCUAGCGAACGAAGGAAAAAAGCCUUAAAAAGUCUAUUUUAACAUCUUCUGUGCGAUCAGAUGACAGGCGGACGAUAUUCCGGGUAACGAUCAUUCCAGUCCACGAAGAGGUGCCAUGAAGAGAACCCUGUUCUCCGUACUCCGUAGCCAUUCGUCAAGUGUGUGGAUCUAUUUUUGUGUACUCCGUAGUUCCAAUUGCCCCUUUUCGAUCGCGCGCGUCUCCUAUUUACGUUGCCUCGCAAGCAGAAUUAUCGCCGCUCAAUCAUGUCCAUUUCACCCAAGCGGUUAAAUAAUAUAGCUCAUCUCU